AUGAUUAAGUAUUAUUUAUUAAUCCUUAUCUUAUCUUUAUACAGUAAAGGUAUAAUUUAUUCUAAUAAACAAAGGAGGAUGCUUAGCAGAAAUGAGUUAAUUAGACUAGGCAAUUGAAUGCUAUGAAAAAGCAUUAAGAAUUAAUCCAUAUUAUGUUGAUGCAUUGUGUGGGAAAAGUAAAUACUGUUUUAUUAAUGAAAGGUGAAUGCUUAAAAAUGAUGAAUAAAUACUAAUAGUCACCUGAGUUGUAUUAAAAAGCAUUGAGCAUCAAUCCAUUACAUAUACCAUCAUUAUGGGGAACAGAUAUAUAUAAUUCAAAUUCCAUUAGGUGA